CCCCGUUCUUAACACAACUAUGUUAUUUUUUAUUUAACCAGUAGACUACCCUCUUUGCCUGAUAACAACAUUUGGUCAACAUGGAUUAAUAGUCUUUACUGGGCAAAUACAGUAAAAAAAAAAAAACAAACUCAAAAGCAAAACAGAUGAACUUUACUGAAAUCCGCUUCAAACACUGCGUGGAACGCUUUACGUGCAGGCAGCUGUUACAGGACGGUCUGUAAACGGUGUUACACCAAUUCAGCGGCCCUGUUGGGUGCAAAAAAAAUAAAUACAAAUUUUAAAAAGUGUCAACAAAACAAAACAUAAUUAAACAUUUACUGUGGCGUUAUAAACAUUGUGCUGGCGGCAGUUUUGAAAGCUCUCCCUUCUUUUUCUUCAGCGCACAGAUGCUCCAGUGAGAACGGUUUCGCUUCGUGCCAAAAGAAAACAGCCAUGGAAUCCCUUUCCAUCGCCUCCAAUAACGGGGUCGUCUCUGAAGAGGAGGGGAGAGACGACCAGGAGCGGGCUCCACGGUCUGGGCUUUCAAACAGUGGAGAAGGGGAGGCGGAAACGGGCGACUCGAGAAAGCUCUGCGCUGCAGAGGGCAGCACAAACGACAGAGAGAGAGAAGUCAACGUCUCCACCGAGAGCGCCCCUGCCCGCGUUAAAGACGAGGUUCCGGAACUAAAAUCCGGGGUUCCGGAACUGGAAUCCGAGGUUCCGGAACUGGAAUCCGUCACCAUUAAGGAAGAGGUCUGUAACGGUGAAGAGGAGGAGACUGAAGUUGAGUCCCUGGAGGUAGCUUGCAUGAAAGAUGAAAGGUUUGCAGAGGACCACUCUGACUCUAAUGAGGGCGAUAGGUCUUCCACAGCCAGCAGAGCUGAUCUGUGCAAGGAUCGCGUGGAUAGCAUCGAGGCUGCAAACUUAAACACGCAGCGGGGCACCAGCACCGAAAACGCAAAAUGUGGGGGACAAGACGCUCUCAAAAAAACAUUGCCGCCUCGUCUACAGACAGAGGAAAAAGACGGGGCGCGAGUGAAGAAUCGCCGGGAGUGCAAGGAACGCGAGCAAAGCACCCGGGUUCAGAGGCAUCUCCGAGUUAAAAUAAGAGUGCCGGGAGGAGGAGGAGGAGGAGGAGGCGGAGAGCGAGCGUACGAGUGCGCGGAAUGCCAGCAGAGCUUCGAGACCCGCAGGACCUUCAACCUGCACAAGAAGAGCACUCACCAAGCGGAGUUCAUCUGCAGCGAAUGCGGCGAGACCUUCGGCAAAAUCAUCGCCCUUCAAAAACACCAGCGGAUCCACGCAGCCGAGAAGCCCUACCCCUGCCCGGAGUGUGGGAAAAACUUCCGUCACUCCCGAGCUCUGAAACGGCACGUGGAGAUCCACAGGAGAGUGCGCCGCUACCCCCUGCAACGACUGCUCCAAGAGCUUCAGCCGACCGGACAGCCUGGAGACCCACAAGCUGGUCCACUCGGGGACGAAGCAGCACCGCUGCCCCGAGUGCGCCAAGGGCUUCAGCGAUCCGGGGAACCUGAGGCGGCACCAGCGGAUCCACACGGAGGACAAGCCGCACCGCUGCUCCGAGUGCGGGAAGAGCUUCAGCCGGAUCGGCAACCUGGAGAUCCACCGGCGGAUCCACACGGGAGAGAAGCCCUAUCGGUGCUCCGAGUGCGGGAAGUGCUUCAACCACUCGCAGCACCUCAAGACGCACCUGCGCCUGCACAGCGGGGGAGAAGCCUUACCCCUGCCCGGACUGCGGGAAGCGCUUCAUCAACUCGGGGGCCCUGAAGACCCACCGGAGGAUCCACACGGGAGAGAAGCCCUACCUGUGCUCCGAGUGCGGGAAGAGCUUCAACCAGUCGGAAAAACCU